UAAAGAUGCAUGGUUUGGAUUUUUCUUUUUCUUUUCAGAAAAGACUUUGAGGAGACAUUGGGUCACUACAUCUCAGACACCUUCGUUUACAUUUACACACUGAGGCAGUUCUGUGACGCGGCCGAAAAAUGGAGCCUCCAGAGAGAGACAGAGGUGGGGGCCUUGAGAGACAUCAAGGACAGGGCAGAUAAAAUUGAUGCCAAGUUUGAAGAUGUAAAAAAAUCAAAAGAAAAAGCCAAAGCUUUCAGAGAGUAUUUGUGGAGCGGCCUGACUGCAGUGACUGCCGACAGCAGACGGCAGGAGCUGGAGAAGGAGCUGGGGGCUGUUCUGCAGGACACCCUGGAAGGGCUUGAGAAGCUGCAGCGCUUCCUGGAAGCGGUGGAGAAGCUGUCCGUCACGUCGAUCUUUGUGUUCACAGAUGGCUGCUACCUGCCUAGAGGGUUAAGCGCUGCGGAUGUCCGUUCGGUCAUCUUUGCUGCAAGGAUGGCUGCCCCUCUCCUUGUCCACUUUAAGAGGGACGACGCUGCUUUCUUCCUGCCCAGCCUGAGUAACGUGGAAGUGCUGGCCUUCUACCUGGAAAAAUACAAAGACAUCUCAGAGCAGCUCUGUGAACAGAUUGGGGAAAGGUUAACAAUGACUCAUAACCAAGAAAGCUUCUUAGAGAAGAUGAACGGUGAAGUUUCCCACUUUCUUGUGGACAUGAGUGAGGUGUCUAUCCAUUCGAUGCUUAAUCAUGUGGACCAGUUAAACCACAUCAGGAGAAACCAGGACAUCAGGCUGAUGUUCCUCUUCCGGGAAGCUGCUCUGUUCUUCAUUGGCCUGUUCAGCCAACGCCACGCCAGUAUGCGCCGGUUCCUCUCUGACCUAGAGAAGAACGCAGAUCAGCUGGACAGGAUGAAAACGGGCUCCAGUAUCUCCAGCGUAGUGGGGAGCUCAGUGGGGGUGACAGGUGGCGCCCUCUCCAUAGCAGGCCUGGCUUUGGCUCCUCUGACCGCGGGUGUGUCUCUCAUCCUCACCAUGACUGGGGUCGGUCUCGGGGUGGCCAGCGGUGUCAACAGCCUGGCCACUGGCAUUACCGGGAUGGUCAUCAACAGCAAAAACAGCAGACAAGCCAACAGCAUCUUUCAGAGUUUCAUGCGAGAUGUGCAAAGCAUUCUUGAUUGUCUGGAGCACGUGGCCAACAACACGGGGGGACCCAUUGUUGAACCAGGGAAAGUGGAGGUCUUGCUGGGGACUGGUCGGGUUGUGGCUAAGGUUUGUGGGUUGGGGAAGGGCAUUGACAGCCUGGUGGAUGGGGCCUCUGCCUUGAAGGUGAUUGGCAGUAAGGAGGUAGCCACGGGGGCCACCAGGGUGGGGCUACAGGAGGUGAAGUCGGCCAAGAAUCUCCCCAGCCUAGCGGCGGAUGUGCCCGACAUCGGGCAGCUGGCCAAAGGCACGCCGCUGGCCCUCUCCAGCUCAGCCCGCUCCGGGUUUAUGGCUCUCAACUCGCUGUUCAUCGGCUUGGACAUCUUCUUCAUCUGCAAAGACGGCACUAGUCUGGCCAGGGGCAGCAGGAGCAAAGUGGCCCAGCUCAUCCGCUCCAGGACGGCUCUGUGGCGCUCAGAGCUGGACUCCUGGGAGAGGAUCAACGACUCGCUUUGCAGGGGGAUCUGGAGGUUCAGGAGGAGCCAGAGAAUCCUGGAGAAGCCAUUUUACCCCGAACAGGUGAUCUGAAGAGAGGAAAGGAAAAGAGAGAGGGAGGGGGAAAAUAAAACAAACUAAACGUUUUUUUAUUGAUGAUCAUUACAUCAUCAUCACAUCAUCAUUUAGCUCACAUUUCCUGUUUGCAUCACUUCCCUGGGAGUGCGCGGCAGCAGCUGUCACCACCAGGGGGGGAAAUCCUCCUCAUGGAGUUUUCUAGAAGGGGCCACACCUCUCACCGCUUCCACUGAUCAUGUGAGACGUAAGCAGAGACGGUUUACAGGCACUUGCCAAGUCCUGGCCCUGUCCUUUCUUUCAGUGAACGUGUAACUUGUGUGAGAACUACGUUUCGUCUGUUCCCACUCUGGUUAGAUUCCAGAGCUUUAGACUAUGUAUUGCUCCAAAGACUGUUGAGACUUUUUGCCUGCCAUGUUGUGUUUGACGACCACUCUUAAACAUCACUUACUGCUUAUCUGCGUGGACUUUAGACAGCACUGAUUAGUUCAUUGCUCACACCUGGGAUAGGGAGGGCUUAUAUAAG